AUGGAGCCACGUAUCUUUCGGGCUUUGGCAUCUUAUCUUAGAAGAGAAAAUCUGAUAUCCGAUACAAGAAUUAAGGUGGAGGAGAAGUUGGCAUUUUUCCUGUACAUGGUGUCUCACAAUGCAUCUUAUGAAGAUCUCCAGCUAGAAUUUCAGCAUAGUGGACAAACAUUUCAUGAGUACAUCAAUGAGUUCUUCAACAUGGUCCCCAUCUUAGCUAGUCGAUUUCUAAAUCCUCCGAACAUUGAUGAGCCACAUCCAAAACUCUCCACCGACACAAGAUUUUAUCCUUACUUCCAGAACUGUUUAGGAGCCAUUGAUGGGUCACAUGUUCCUAUAACCGCAACACCUGGGAUUGCUGCUCCAUUUCGGAAUAGGAAGGGUACCUUGAGUCAUAAUAUUAUGGUUGCAUGCGACUUCGAUUUAAAAUUCACUUUCAUAUCAUGUGGCUGGGAGGGUUCAGCUACGGAUGCGAGGGUUCUUCAUUCUGCAAUGAGCAAGGGAUUUAAAUCUAAGUUUGAUAAAUCAUUUCUUUUAUAUAUACAGUCGUGGCCAGAAAUAGCUAAGUUCCAGAAUAAGCCCUUUCCCCUCUACGAUAAGCUUGGUGAUCUGUAUGAUGGGCAUAUAGCAGAAGGUAACUUCAAUUUCACAUCAACUGAGGUUACAGAAGUGAGUGAUGGUGAUCUCGAAGUUGAAAGAGAGAAGACUGCUUUCUCUUUUGACCUGAAUCAAUACGGUGAUGAUUUACACAUGUAUGAUGAUCCAAGAGAUGCCGCCCCAAGUGAUGGUCCAAGUGAUGCUGCCCCAAGUGAUGGUCCCAGAGAUGCUGUCCCAAGUGAUGGUCCAAGAGGUGGUGUUGCUACUUCAAAUAACAAGCAUGUGAAGGAAUCAAAGAAGGGUAAGAAGCGUGAUGAUCCUAUGGUGGAAGUGAUGUCACGAUAUGUGGAGAUCAAACGGAAGCAAGCGGAGGAGGAGUCUGCUCUAUUGGCCGGGGCAAAAAAUGCCCAAGAAUUCUCCAUCAGCAAGUGCAUUGCUAUCUUUCUUAAUUCUGCCGCUGAAGAUGAAGAAAGUGUUGCAGUGUUUCUUCGGAGCGAAAUGGCAGAGUUGACUCAACGUAUCUAAGGUUCUCAAGCACCAAAAUAAGCAACAAUAAACAAGCUGGAGGGAUAACUUUCUCUCAGAUUCUCAAAGAUAGAUGAUCAUGACACCAAAAGAUUGAUAUAUCUUUGCUGCAAAAUUAUGUUGGGG